AUGGUUCCGUUUAUGCAAGACAGCCCACCGUCGCUGUGUAUCGGCAUUGGGCAGGCGGACCUGCCGGCACUCGAGGGGCUGCCGGCACUCGCGAACCUGCCGGCACUCGAGGACCUGCCGGUACUCCGGGAGCUGCCGGCACUCCAGGACCUGCCGGCACUCCAGAACCUGCCGGCACUCCAGAACCUGCCGGUACUCGUGGAGCUGCCGGUACUCCAGGACCUGCCGGCACUCCAGGACCUGCCGGCACUCCAGGACCUGCCGGCACUCCAGGACCUGCCGGCACUCCAGUACCUGCUGGUACUCCAGGGCCUACUGGCACUCCAGGACCUGCUGGUACACCAGGGCCUGCCGGAACACCAGGGCCUGCCGGUACAGCAGGGCCUGCGGGCACUCCAGGACUUGCUGGUACUCCAGGGCCUGCCUGCCCUCGUGGGACUGUCCUCCCCUGAUCAUCUGCUGACGCGUCUCAUGCCCCGCAACCCGUUAGAAACGCCGUUGCCCGUGGAUGCCAACGCGUCCCAUCCCCCGCAAGUAGUGCUGUUCGGGCCAUCCAAGCGGCUGUGA